CUACACCUCGCGAAGAAGUGUUAACGAUCCCAACAAGCAGCCCAAUUCCAUUGCACCAUAGAAGUGGAUCUCCGACCGCUGCGGAUGGGUCAAGAAGCUUUCCUCGAGCCGGCACACCCGGUGCACCUGAAGAUGAAGGAUUCCACACAUCAUCAAAAACAUCUCACAACGGGGUGAUCCCCAUGCUUCCAACCAUCUCGUCAAUGGAGGUUGUGAAGAUCGAAGAGUACUUGAAUCUCUGGUACAGAUCAUGGAACUUCGACAUGUUCAACUUCGCAGAGCUCACAAACGGGCACCCAUUACUAUACUCCGGUGUGCAUCUUUUGGAAAACAAUGAGGCUUUGCAGUGCCUCCAGCUGAAUCCACAGACGUUCAGACACUGGCUGCUGCUGAUGGAGUCACAAUAUCAUUCACAUCCAUAUCACAACGCGGCACAUGCAGCGGACGUCCUGCAUGCUAUCAAUCAACUGCUGCUAGAUGAUCAACUGAAGACCCAAUAUACCCCGAUUGAAGCUUUUGCCCUAAUGUUGGGGGCCAUUGGACACGACAUAGAUCACCCGGGAUACAAUAAUGCUUUUCUCGUCAAAAGUCGACAUCCUUGGGCUAUACUAUACUGCGAUACAAGUGUUCUAGAGCUACAUCAUUGCGCGCACCUUUUCACCAUGACUCUCGGCUCCCAGUGUGACAUUUUCGCCGAGUUCUGUGCGGAAGAAUACGAUGAGAUUCGAAAACUUGUCAUCAAACUGAUCUUGGCAACUGACAUGGGAAAGCAUUUUGAGUAUAUCAACAAGUUCAAGUCGAGGAUAUCAACCGGAACACUGACGUUCGGCAUGGAACUCAAUCCGGAUAACAAGGUUGCGGUGGCAGAAAUCGCCAUGAAAUGCUCGGACUUAUGCAACCCUACGAAAAUAUUCCCACUCUCUAAAAAGUGGACCGACGCUGUCAUGGAAGAGUUUUAUCUCCAGGGUGACCGCGAACGGGAGCUGGGGUUGCCGGUCUCGCAGUUCAUGGACCGCAACAAUACCAACGUUCCCAAAUGCCAGAUUGGUUUCAUAGAUUUCCUGGUUGCACCGCUGUUCGACAGCUGGAACACUUUCCGCAAUCACGACGAUAAGACGACAAGGCUUAUCGUGGAGCUCGGGAAGAACCGUGGAUCAUGGGCAGCAUUGGCAGCCCAUCAUACACCUCAGAGCUCUGUAUUUGGGCAGUCGCAGUCGCGAUUCACGGCAAGUCGUCAGCAGCUUCCUAGCACUCCGAGCAUACCAAAUCCUCCUAGUAUGCAGGGGAGCGGAAGCAUCAAUCAGGCAGACCUGCCGCCACAGAGGUCGAACAUCUUGGGAUUAGGAUCGAAACGCAACAGUGUGGUGGUUGAUAUCCCAACUGGCAUACCGUCCAUGUCGCGAGCCGGAUCGCAAUUUGCAUCUUUGGCUCGGCGGAUGUCGUCGUUCGAACUCUUGACCUCACGGUCGGAAGGCAUAAAGGACAACGGACCCUUGCUGAUAGAGCCCACUGACGUGAAAGUUGGCGGCGAUGCCGUUUGAUUGGCAUCUCCCAAGUCCAUUUUUGGAGGUUACCUUGCAUUUACACUCGCCUUUCAGAUGCUCUUGUAAAUAUGUGGCUAUCAUAAAUAUGUAUAUUGCGCUCAGACGAGGAAAAAACGAAACGAG